AUGAUAGGAGCAAUUUGUUCUGGUAUGUACAAAGUGUCAAGCAAUGAAUAUUACUUCUUUGACUCUCAUUCACAUGACAAUGAUGGCAUGUCUGCCUGUGAUGGUAAAUCAGUACUAGUACAAAGCAAGGGUAUUGAUGAUUUGGUGUCAUAUUUGUACAGUAUGUAUAACAGCAUGCAUAUAGACUUUGCAAUGCAGUUUGAAAUCUUACCAAUCUCAAUUAAGACUUUGAAUCAUAGUUUUCCAGAAAAAAACCCAUUACAGAAAAGAUUUUACAAAAUGGAUGAACAUCUCUCAACUGUGACAAAUUCAGAAGAUCAAAACCUAUGCAGAAAAAAUUAUAUGAGAGAGUACAUGAGGAAAAGAAGAGAGAAUGUACAAUUUAAGCAAGUCGAAAGAAACAAAGGUGCACAAGCAAAAAAGUUAAAGAGACAAAAUGAUGAUAUGAAAAGCAAAGAAACUGAAAUGGGAACAAAUACAAGGAAAUUAAAAAGGCAGAAUGCUGAAAUAAAAAAGAAAGAAAAUGAAAGAGAAACAGCUGCUAGAAAGUUAAAACGACAAGAUAUCGAAAUUAAAGAGAAAGAAAGGAAAAUGGAUAAGUUUGCAAGAAAGAUGAAGCGACAAGAUGCUGAAAUUAAAGAGAAAGAAAGGAAAUUGAAUACUGCUGGUAGGAAGGUAAGAAGACAAAAUGUAGAAAUAAAAGAAAAAGAAAGGGAAAUGGAUAAGUCUGCAAGAAAAUUAAAGCGACAAGAUAUUGAAAUUAAAGACAAAGAAAGGAAAAUGAAUACUGCUGGCAGAAAGUUAAAAAGACAAAAUGAAGAAAUAAAAGAGAAAGAAAGGGAAAUGAAUACUGCUGGUAGAAAGUUAAAAAGACAAAAUGAAGAAACAAAAGAGAAAGAAAGGGAAAUGAAUACUGCUGGUAGAAAGUUAAAAAGACAAAAUGAAGAAAUAAAAGAGAAAGAAAGGGAAAUGAAUACUGCUGGUAGAAAGUUAAAAAGACAAAAUGAAGAAAUAAAAGAGAAAGAAAGGGAAAAGAAUACUGCUGGUAGAAAGUUAAAAAGACAAAAUGAAGAAAUAAAAGAGAAAGAAAGGGAAAUGAAUACUGCUGGUAGAAAGUUAAAAAGACUAAACGAAGAAAUAAAAGAAAAAGAAAGGGAAAUGGAUAAGUUUGCAAGAAAAUUAAAGCGACACGAUAUUGAAAUUAAAGACAAAGAAAGGAAAAUGAAUACUGCCAGUAGGAAGGUAAAAAGACAAAAUGUAGAAAUAAAACAGAAAGAAAGGGAAAUUGAUAUGUAUUCAAGAAAACUUAAGCGACAAGAUACUGAAAUUAAAGAGAAAGAAAAGAAAUUGAAUACAGCUGGUAGAAAGUUAAAGCGUCAGAAUGUUGAAGUGCAAGAAAGAGAAAAAGAGGGCAGUAGAAUUUCAAAAAGAAAAUUCAGAGAAAACCCAAUUGCUCUUGAAAAAGAACGGUUAAGAAAACAAGCUAAACGAAGUAACAUUUCCUAUAGAGAAAAUGAGAGAUUGCUAAACAGGGAACAAAAACAAAAGAAAAGAACAGAUACAGAAUAUUGUGAAAAAGUAAAUGAACAACAGAGACGGAAAGGAUUUGGACUAGAUAUAGCGGAUUGCAUCCAAAAUUUUCAUGAACAGAUUAGACAUGGUCCAAUUUUUGUAUGCUCAUGUUGUCAGCAAACAUGGUUCAGAGAGAGUGUUUCUAAAGUGGAAAACACCAAACUAGAUGAUAAAUGUAAAAACAAGUUUCUUACUAGUUCUAGGUCUGUUGAAAAUAUGGAAUGGAUAUGCAAUACUUGCUAUUCAUCACUUAGAGAAAACAAAAUUCCAAAAUUGUCUGUCUUUAAUGGUAUGAUGUGGCCACUUAAGCCAAUAGAAUUAGACUUGUUUCCUUUAGAAGAAAGGCUUGUGUCUCUGAGAAUACCUUUUAUGCAAAUUAGAGAGUUGCCAAGAGGUGGACAGUAUUCUGUAAGAGGAAAUAUUGUGAAUGUUCCUGUUGAUAUUCAACCUACUAUAAAUAGCCUGCCAAGAAAAUUAGAUGAAAAUGUCACAGUUCCUGUAAAAUUAAAGAAAAGGUUGUCGUAUCAAAAAUGUGAUUUUCAUGAAAAUGUACGACCAACAAAAGUACUGAUGGCAUUACACUGGCUUAUAAACAACAGUGACUUUUACAAGAAUGCAAACAUUAAUGUUGAUGAUAACUGGUUUCAAGAAAUUACAACUUCAGCAAGUGAAAUUAUUCAGGAAUUGGUGAAAACACAAAUGACAAGCAACCAAAAUAUUGAUUGUCUGGAGACGGUUGAUAAUGAUGACGAUGAAUUCUGUGAAGUAGAUGGAGUUGGUGGAGAUGGUAAUUGCGAUACUCUGUUAGAUGAUACUUCACAGGACAUGAAUCAGGUUUACACAUUUGCUCCAGGUGAAGGACAACGCCCGCUUAGUUUAUAUCAAGAUCCAAGUGCUGAAUAUUUAUCUUUUCCGUCAAUUUUUUGUGGAAAGGGAAGAUUACAAGAUGAUGAAAGACAAGUACGUGUGUCUUAUGCAGAUAUAGCUAAAUGGGAAUUAAGAAGUGUUGAUAGACGUGCUGCCCAGUCUGUUCCAAAUUUGUUUUUUAAGUUGAAAAAAAUACAAAUGAAGCAAGUUACAGACAAAUGCAACCUGGCUCUUAGGAAAUGCAAAACCAAAGGAAAAUCCAUGACUGCAAACGAAAUGAAAAAUCCUGAAAAUGUGAAUAAUCUUGUUAGACAUAAUGAAGGUUUCUUUGUGUUCAGGCAGUUACGAAAUUCUCCGGCAUAUCUUGAGACUAGAAAAAAAGAUGUUUUUGCUAUGAUCAGACAGCUAGGUCUACCAACAUGGUUUAUGUCACUGUCUGCUGCAGAUACAAGAUGGAAUGAUCUCAUUAGAGCACUUGGGGUGUUAAAUGAUAGAAAGGAAUACACAGAUGAACAAAUUGAGAGCAUGACUUGGUUUGAAAAAUCAAAAUUAGUACAAAAGGAUCCUAUCACCUGCUCUAGGUACUUUGAUCAUAAGUUCCGUAUGUUUAUGAAUUCAGUGUUGAGAAGUGAUCAUCAUCCAAUUGGCAUUGUAAAAGACUUCUUUUACAGAACUGAAUUUCAGCAAAGAGGAUCACCACAUAUUCAUAUGAUUGUUUGGAUACAAAAUGCACCAAAAUAUCAUGAAAGUAAUGAAAAGGAGAUAGUAAAUUAUGUAGAUAAUUACCUGAAAUGUGAAAAGAAUGAAGAGGAUGAUUUGACAGGCUUACAAGUACACAAACAUUCACAAACAUGUAAAAAGAGAGGUAAAGCUGUAUGCAGAUUUGGCUUUCCUCUUCCUCCUCUUGAAGAGACUUUGAUUUUGGAGCCACUAGAGUGUGAUGUUGACAAAUACAAGAAAAUAUAUGAUGACAUUCAAAAACAGUUAAAUGAUAUGAAAAAUGGAUGUGAUUUGUCCUACGAGGAACUCCUGGGCACAGUACUAAAGAUAUCUAAGGAAGAUUACAUUAAAUGCAUUAGAAGUUCACUUAGAGGUCCAAAAGUUUUCCUAAAAAGAAAGCCAUGUGAUAUGAGGGUAAACUCAUACAACAGUGUUGUUCUUGAUGCUUGGAAAGCUAACAUUGAUAUUCAGUAUAUUUUGGACCCAUAUGCCUGUGCAAUGUAUAUUGUUUCUUAUAUAAGUAAAUCUCAAAGAGGGAUGAGCGAUUUACUUAACAGAGCUGCAAAGGAAGCUAGAGAAGGAAAUCUUGACAUAAAAAGACAGGUGCGCCACAUUGGAAAUCAUUUUCUCAACAGUGUAGAAGUUGGAGCACAGGAAGCAGCAUAUUUAGUGUUACAAAUGCCAAUGACAAAAGCAUCAAGAGAUGUUGUUUUUCUCAACACAAGUCCCUCAGAUGACCGAGUAAUUCUCAUCAAAACAGAUGCUGAAUUGGAAAAGUUAACGCCAAAUUCUACAGAUGUGGAAUGUAGCAAUGUAAUUAAACGGUAUGCAAAACGCCCAAAGCAGCUUGAAAACUGGUGUUUAGCCGAUUAUGUAUCACAGCUAGAUGUUGUAUUUCCUAAAGAUAAUGAAAAAGAGUUCGCUGAAAAUGAAGUGAAUGAUGAUGAUCAGGACAAUCAGUCAGAUGACGAAGACAAUUCAGAUCUUGAUUUUGGUGAAAGUGAUACACUUGUUACUCUAAGAAAUGGCAUAAAAAUUAGAAGACGGAAAGUACCAAGGGUAAUUAGAUAUGUGAGGUUUAAUAUAAAAACUGAUCCAGAAAAUUACUAUAGAGAAAAACUUAUGUUGUUUAUGCCUUGGAGACAUGAAUCCAUUGAUCUAAUAUCAGGAACUGACACCUUUGAGAAGUCAUUUCAUCUGAAGAAGUCCUUUCUUACACACAAGGUCAAGGAAUAUGAAUUCAAUGCUGAACAGCUUGAUGCAGCUUUGCAAAUGGCAACUGAGGAUUUUUCAGAAGCUUUUGAUGAAUUGGCACCAAAUGCCCAACAAAGAGAAGCAGAAGAUGAAAAUGAGGGAUCUCUUGAAUCUGAAAACUUUGUUCAAUUUAAUCCUGAGAGGCCUAUUGAACAGAGACAGUAUGAUAUAGGAUCAGAUAUUGGCAUUCCAUCAACAAGACAAAUAACUGAAGAAAGUUCUGUUAGAUUGCCUGACAGUGAAUACUUGAAACUUUUAGGAAGUCUAAAUGUAAAGCAGCGGGAAUUUUUUAAUCAUGUCUUGCAUUGGGUCAAAACAAAGAGAGAACCUAUUUAUUCAUUUUUAUCAGGAGGUGCUGGUGUUGGCAAAUCUGUUUUGAUAGGAGCACUUUAUCAAGCUCUGCACAGAUAUCUAUGUUCCAUAGAAGGUGAAAAUCCAGAUGAUAUAAGAAUACUUCUUUGUGCUUAUACUGGCAAGGCAGCAUACAACAUUGGAGGGGCAACUAUAGCAUCUGCUUUCCAUCAAAAAAUUAAUCAAAGUCAACAAAGCUUGCAUUGUGAUGAAUUGAAUACAUUUCGUACGAAAUACCAAAACCUAAAAUUGAUCAUAAUUGAUGAGAUAUCCAUGGUUGGAAAUAGGUCAUUAGCACUCAUUGAUAGUCGUCUGCAACUUCUUACAGGCAUCAAGAAACCAUUUGGUGGCAUUAGUAUCAUAGCUGUUGGUGAUUUCUUUCACCUUAAACCUGUAAUGGACACCGUUGGAUCUUUCAGGAUUUAA